AUCGGCGGCGGAUUGCUACUAGUUGUUGCUGCUGCUUCUUUUGUACAUACGUACGCACAAAUAUACCCCAAGUUGUUCACUGGCAUAGAGCUUUUUUAGCGUCUAACUAAAAAUCUUAGAAGUCAGUCGGUAAAUACCAUCGGAACAACGCGGAACGGUAAAUAAGAAAUCAGCUAGAAAACUCGAAAGUUCGUCUAACAUUUACCCACAUACAUAAGUAUCUUUGUGAAUUUUCCUUAAGUUUUGAUUAAAUGCAAAGGAACAGAAGUUUGAGUCCUUUUUAUGCAAGGAGUAUGGAAAAUAAUUGAAAUUUAAGAAAUACGUCAAGCAUGGAAAAAAAUUAAAAAAUUAUUAAAACAAAGAUAAAAAAUAAAGUGAAAUAUAUGAACGAUUUCUAGAACUUUGUAAAAGUAAGCAUUUUUAUAAAUUAUUAUAAUAAACAACUGUUACGUAAAAAAAAGGUUAGAAUGUGGAGAGUAAAUUCUCAGUAAUAAACAACUUCUAAGGACUAAUGCAUCCUUUGAUUGUGUUUGUAGGUCAUAAGAAAAUAUAACUGCGUUCCAGCGUGUUUCUAACUGUCAUUAUGAAUGGAAGAGUCACACUCGUCGGUAAUGCCAACAGGUGUAAAUAAAACAAAUAAAAAUUUAUAUUAUAUACUUGCGUAUGUGCACACAAAAUAUAAGAGAGCGAACAACAAAAAAUUCAACAAAAGUGCUCUGUAAAUUUAAUAAAAAAAAAAAUACAAGUAAAACAGAAUCAAGUGGCAUUUGAAUUCAGUUAAGAUUGGAAAUCAUUACGGUAAAGUUCUUAACAACUGUGAUCAAAUAAAAAAACUUAUAGCACAAAUAUUUGUGAUAAAAAAGUGAAAAUUAAAAUUAAAAUAAAAGAAAAAAUAACUUCAAUAAAGUUUAAAUUAAAUAUUAUUAUUUUAAAUAAACCAAAAAAAACGCGUAGAAUAACAAAAACACAAAAAUGUCGCUGGCAUCACAAGAUAAAUUGCUGAAAAAGCGCGUCAAACCCGUUGAUAUACAAUUCCAGGAUCUAAGCUAUCAAGUGCAAGUACAAAAAGAGAAGAAAACAAUAUUGAAACGAAUUUCUGGCACAUUCCGCGCCGGCCAAUUGACAGCGAUUAUGGGCCCCUCUGGAGCGGGCAAAUCAAGUUUGUUGAAUAUUUUAACUGGUGUCACUAAAAAAGGUGUUAGCGGUAACAUAAAUUUCGGCGAAUCGCCAACAAAAUCGCGUAAAAACUGUAGUUAUAUAAUGCAGGAUGAUCACUUCCAUUCAUGGUUUACCGUUGAGGAGACAAUGCUGCUGGCAGCACAAUUGAAAAUCUCAAACGAAUCAAUGAAUAUGAAGGAAAAGAAAAUGUUGAUUGAACAUUUAUUGGACACCUUGAAGUUAUCACAAGCGAAACAAACCCGUGCUGGAAAUUUAUCUGGUGGCCAGAAGAAACGCUUAUCGAUCGCUUUAGAAUUAAUUGAUAAUCCAGCCGUGUUAUUCUUGGAUGAGCCAACAACCGGUUUAGACAGUUCGGCGUCUUCUGACACCAUACAGCUGCUACAAACUUUGGCUAAUGAAGGACGUACAAUUGUUUGCACAAUUCAUCAGCCUUCAACACAUGUCUUUAAUUUAUUCAACCACAUCUAUGUGCUGAGUCAAGGAUGUUGUACGUACCAGGGUACACCGCAUAAUACUAUCGACUUUUUACGUGCGGUCGGCUUGGAAUGUCCAACUUAUCACAAUCCUGCUGAUUUUCUGCUCGAGUGUGUUAAUGGUGAAUAUGGCGAUCACACUGAAGUCUUAGCCACUGCGGCACGACAACCGGAAUGGCGGCAUGACCACACGCAGGAUCCGCAACAUCUAGAGGGUUUAAGUGGCGAAGAAAUUGCUAAAAUGUCCGAGUUGCAGCGGCGUGCAGAGGGAAAAAAACUACUAACGCCAUCGGUAACACCACCAUCGUCUGUGUCGAAACAUAUUUACCCGCCACCAGAAUGGAUGCGACUAUGGCUGUUGAUCGGUCGUUGUCAUGUGCAAUUUUUCCGCGAUUGGACGGUGACCCACUUAAAGCUGGGUGUGCAUAUCGCUUGUGCCAUACUGAUCGGCUUACUCUACGGCAACUCCGGUUCGAAUGCGACAAAGCAGAUUGCAAAUAUAGGUUCAUUCACAGUACAUAAUACAUAUUUAUGGUAUACGACAAUGAUGCCGGGUCUGCUAAGAUUUCCGCAAGAGAUAAGUAUUGUGAAAAAGGAGACAUUCAAUAAUUGGUACAAACUGCGUACGUACUACAUGGCGGGCCUUAUCACGUCUACGCCGGUGCAUAUUAUGUUCUCUAUGACUUACAUAACAAUCGCUUAUCUAAUGACUGAUCAACCAUUCGAAAUUGAUCGUUUUGCCCAAUUCUUGUUGGCAGCUAUCAUAGUGACGAUAAGUGCCGAUGCCUUCGGCGUGCUACUAGGCACAGUUCUGAGUCCUUUGAAUGGUCCAUUUGUUGGCGCUAUACUGACCAGUUUUAUGCUAAUAUUUUCCGGUUUUCUCAUCUUACUCACGCACAUGUCGACUCUAAUGCGCUUCCUCUCGUAUUUAUCACCAAUUCGUUAUGCGUUCGAGUGUAUGAUAUUGGCAUUGUAUUCGAAUAAUCGAGGAAAUAUUCCUUGCCCAAUGGAUGUGCUGUAUUGUCAUUUCAAAAAAGCGAACACCAUAUUACGCAGCUUUGGUGUGGAGGAUGGAAAUUUCGGCAUGAAUAUAUGUAUUAUGAUUUUGCAAUUAUCGGCGUUUAGGGUGUUAACAUACAUUAUGCUAAAACGGAAAUUGGGCGUGUAAAUGAAUGAAAUGCAUGGAUAAUAUCUACACUUAUGCACAUAUAUAUAUACAUAUACAUAUGUAUGUACAUGUGUGCAUUAUAUUUGUUAAGUAAAUUACGAUAUUUAUACUUAAUUUUAGUUAAAUAAAUGUAUACAUAUGGACAUACAUAUAUGUAUGUAUGUUUUUUUAAUGUAAAAUAAUCGAUGGUGUAUUGUAAAAAAUUAAAAUAAGAAAUAUGAACACAUAUGUACAUAUGUACAUGGUACCGUUAAAAAGCACAAUAUACAUGCACAAACAUUUUACACACAACACCUAUACACACAUACCUACAUAUAAGCUUAUACUCGUAUUGUCGAAACAGCCAAAAACUAGCAAAUAUUUAAACAAAAAGAAGAAAACGAUAUUCUAAAGAAAUGUAUGCCUUCACGAUAUAUGAUAUUUACAAAAGCAGUAAUUGCAGAAACAAAAAAAAAAGAAAAAUUAAAAUAAAUGAAAUAUAUUAAAUAAUUAUUAUUACAAAUAUUAUAUUUACAAGCGC